UAUUAGAGAAAGGUAAUGCAAUCUGGGAUGAUAGUCCAAUUAGAAAAUUUGAAGGGAUUACGAUUCCCCUUAUCUCGAGAGUUGAUUCACCUUUGAAGAUUUCGUGGCAUUCUCCGAUACUUAUACUUUGAACCACCGUCUCGCCGAGUAGAUUAUUUUUUAUUAAUUAGCGACAUUCGAGAUUCAUUCUCCAUCCGUCUGCAGUAAAUAGAAUUCAAGUUUGUGUAAGGCGAAACACAAGAGACUACGUUUAUUUUGUUUACAGUUUGAUGAUAUACAUAACAUAGACAUAGCAUACCAUAAACACUGGUCUUAUCGAUUAGAAAUAAACCCACAACCUUCGAAAUCUAAAGAAAAAAAAAAAUUGAAGAUGGAAAAAGCUCCAAUGCUCGCCGAAUCUUACAAUAGAUGCUUCGUAUGCACGGUGAAAUUAUCUACGCCAAUUGGACCGCGGUAAUCGAAACGAGGUUCCAAUUCAUAAAUUAGAAAGUAUUAGCGCAACACAGUCGCAAAACUGCAGGACUAUUCAACCUGCAGUAAUCGAGCAACUUCUUGCGUUAGAAACCUGUCAUUAUUUCUCCUAACAUACUAUUUCCUUUUCUAAUAGAGACUUUCGAUCUUAUUGUAUAGUUCUCAUCGUUUUUAUUGGCGAAAUCUGCAGAAUGCUUGCCAAAGUCUUCGCGUAAAGUGGCGAAUCAUGAUCGAGCAAGCGAAAACGAUUAGGUAUAAAGGAUAUUCACGUUCUGCGAAUGUCGAUAUUUCCGUUUUAUUUUUGUAGACUUUGAAUUGUUUAAAUACUCCUUUAUCAGCGAUCACUGUCUAAUCGAACGUAAUUGCUUCAACAGAUGACGACUCGGAUCUUAUCGAUGACUCGCGGUUCCUCGACGCCAAUCGCCCAUGGAUAAAUCUCGCUAGCCUCAAGGACGAAGAAUGCGUAUCUCUCGAGCGCUAUCGCUCGUUACUUUCCCGCGAAAAUAACUACAGAUCUUUCGCAACGAUUACCAUCGCAUAAAUCCACUCAGAGAUCGAGUAAAGCCUGAGGUCAGUUACCUCUCGAUCGCGAAUGAAUCUCCAUGCUCGUUUAAAGCCUGAAAUUAUACUACAAAAACCCUUUCUUUCCAUGGAGUAACUAAUACUUUUGGUACAAAGAGCAAUUGCUUUAUGACCCGGAUCUGCCGGUUGAACCAAUCGAUAAAGCUUAUCUGCCAGGCUCUGCUUUUAAUGCGAGGCUAUUAAUUUGCUGACAAUCUACUCGAACCAAUUACGUACUAAUAGAAGAUCGAGUAAUUAGAGCGAGUAGAUGAACUGUUCAAAGCGGGUUUGAUAACAUGCCUUGUGGGAACAGUGCGAGUUUGUUUAAUCGCUUUAUCGAAACGAUCGAUCAUCACGCGUCCUAGAGAGUUGGAGAGAUUCCUUCUGGAAUUCAAAUUUAACGUAAUUAGGAUUUGCAUAGAAGAUUAUGGACGACCGCUACCGUGAAGAUGAUUAUAGUAGGCAGUACAGUAGACUUUAGUUUUGUAAAUCCGUUAUUUCGAGAACCAUGUAAAGUAUCUUGUAAACCGUGGGUUAGGCGUACUUGAAAGCGUAAGACAAUUUUCAAAUGUGAUUAGUAAAAGAAUCGAGGAUUCUCCCGCAGGAGGUGAUUCUUGUCUCGCGAUAAUAGCCGACGGGCCAGGUCUGGCUCGCGAGCCAUAGUUUACUAACCCGUGGUGUAGAUAGUCGCGCGACACGCGAACAGCUAGCACCAGGCGUCAGUCACGCGAACGAGCGUCGAGCUAGAUAGCGAGCAAGGGAAAGUGUUCGCGCGAAAAUAGAAGAGCAAGGCGUUUGCUUUCGGUGUAAAACCCGACCGGCAAAGAUAUUCGUUUCGUGGGCCGAUUAAUCGCGCCACGAUCGCUUCUACUUCCCGCAGCUCUGUGGCCCGGCUGCAGUCUACUAGCAGCAGCCCGAUCGACCGUGUGUAUUCGAGUGCUGUACGCGCCUCUUCGACCGAUCCGAUUUCCUCGCUGGCUGCUCAGGUCGCCGCCGACUCGCUACUCGACGAUCGCCGCAAAUAAGUGCAAACGACACGCUGCUUUGCAUCAUCCCUCUUGGUUGGAAAGGCUCGUUAAACGCAAGACCGUCGAAACCAUCUUGGAACAGAUCCACGCGAACGACUGAUCCAGGGCCCGCGUCCGAUUCCUCCGGCGUUCCGCUUCGCCCCUACUCUACCCACCGGAAGUACCGUCGGCCAAUCAGCGGAUAAAACAGCCGCGACUCCACGCGCACCUUUGUCGAUCGUAUAAAAGCCUCCAGCUAGGAACAUGUCCGCGAGAUUCGAUCUAUUCCGCUGGCCGAGCCUGGUCAACGCCAGCUUCCGUUACACAAAACGUUUCCCCGUGCUGACUGGACCAAUCAGGAGGACCAGCGCGACCCUCAGGUACCCACGUCCUGCAAAUUCGAUCGAUGUCCCCGAGGCUGCUCGACAGUCAGGAUACCCCAUUCUGAGCCAUCGGACCAUCCCCGCGACCGGAAGGAUCCUCAAGAUGCCUCACGCGGUCGACGUUCAUCUACCAAGAGUGUCCAGGUUGCUGGCGACUCACGCAGCGAAGAACCCAUCCAUCGAUAAUAAAUACGACUACAUAGGGAAGACACCUACGGAACCCCUGGCUCCCAAACUUCGUGCUUACAUCGAGGAGUGCGCGUCGCUAUGCUGCCCUAAAGACAUCUACAUCUGCGACGGAAGCGAAGCGGAGAACAUCCAUCUGUUGAAUCUACUCGAGAAGGAAGGCACCAUCUCGCCCUUACCAAAAUUCGAGAAUUGUUGGCUGGCCAGAACGAAUCCAGCUGAUGUGGCCCGCGUGGAGAAGCGCACGUUCAUCAGCACAGACAACAAGCACGACACAGUCGCCACGCCUCGCGAAGGCGUCACUGGAGAACUGGGUAACUGGAUCUCCCCGCCGGACAUGAACAAAGCCAUCCUAGAACGUUUCCCGGGAUGCAUGAAAAAUCGCACGAUGUACGUCAUACCGUUCAGCAUGGGUCCAGUAGGCUCUCCGCUCUCGAAAAUCGGCAUAGAGAUCACGGACUCCCCAUACGUAGUCUGCUCCAUGAGAAUAAUGACCAGGAUGGGAAAGAAGAUCCUCGAGACCCUCGGAAACGACGACUUUGUCAAAUGCUUGCACUCUGUAGGCUCUCCAAAAUCGGGCUCGAGCGUUCAAGUGAACUCUUCGUGGCCCUGCGAUCCGGAGAGGACGAUCAUCCUUCACAAACCAGCGGAAAACGAGAUCGUUUCUUAUGGAAGCGGUUAUGGCGGGAACUCCUUGUUGGGCAAAAAGUGCUUCGCCCUGAGGAUUGGCUCGACCAUCGCUAGGAAGGAGGGCUGGCUCGCUGAACACAUGCUCAUACUGGGUAUCACGAAUCCAAAAGGUAAAAAGCGUUACAUCGCCGCCGCGUUCCCCAGCGCCUGCGGUAAGACGAAUCUAGCCAUGAUGCAGCCGUCGUUGCCUGGUUACAAGAUCGAGUGCGUUGGCGACGACAUCGCCUGGAUGAAGUUCGACCAGGAGGGCAAGCUGCGCGCCAUCAAUCCUGAGAACGGAUUCUUCGGGGUCGCGCCAGGUACCAGCUGGGCCACGAACCCGAACGCCAUGAAGACCAUCUUCAAGAACACGAUCUUCACGAACGUGGCAGCCGUCAGCGACGGUGGAGUCUUCUGGGAGGGUAUGGAGAAGGAGAUCGCCGGGAACGUCGCGAUCACCGACUGGAGAGGCAACCAAUGGACCGGGGGAUCCAAGAUGCCUGCAGCGCACCCGAAUUCAAGAUUCUGCACCCCUGCCAAGCAGUGCCCCAUCAUCGAUCCUGCUUGGGAGGAUCCAGUCGGUGUUCCCAUAGACGCUAUUCUUUUCGGAGGACGAAGGCCUGAGGGUGUUCCUCUAAUUUACGAAGCGCGAAACUGGCAGCACGGUGUCUUCAUUGGGGCUUCGAUGAGGUCCGAGGCAACUGCUGCUGCCGAGCAUCAGGGCAAGGUGAUCAUGCACGACCCGUUCGCGAUGAGACCCUUCUUCGGCUACAACUUCGGCCACUACCUCGACCAUUGGCUGAGCAUGGCCAAAGUGGAGAACGCCAAACUACCAAUGAUAUUCCACGUGAAUUGGUUCAGGAAAACCGCAGACGGGAAGUUCCUCUGGCCAGGAUACGGCGAGAACUCUCGCGUCCUGGACUGGAUCCUCCGCAGGAUCGAUGGCGAGGACGUCGCCGUAGACUCCCCCAUCGGUCUUUUGCCGAAAUUAGAUUCGUUUAACUUGGAAGGCAUGCAGAACAACGUGAACAUGGAGGAAUUGUUCAGAUUACCGAGAAGCUUCUGGCAUAAAGAAGUGAAGGACCUCAGGGAAUACUUCGACGCGCAAGUCGGUGCCGAUUUGCCGCAAGCUAUACGAUCCGAGCUCGAUCUUCUCGCUACUAAGAUCGAAAUGCUUUAAACGAAUCUAUUUUAUCAUUACAAAAAACAGAUCAGUCUUUUAAACGCGAGCCAAACGUUAACGAUCUAUGACAAAAAUGAUUUUAAAAUUAUUGUUGUAAAAAUAACGUGUAAUACUAUCAAAGUGUACGGAUGUAAAGGUGAUCGAGAGCUUCACGCCAUCGAUAAAGAAGAUAUCUGUUCCUGUUAUACAAGAACUUUUAUUUUCAUUUCUUACAAUUUUUAUUGAAUUUUAUUCCCACCAGAGCAUACAAUGCGUGAACUUCAUCACUGAAAUUAUUUGUUGAAUGUUUUUAUCGUCUGGACGAGAAUUCAUGGAUGUAUGAGAGAGUUCUUUUACGAGAAACAGUGUGUAAGCGGACAAUGUGUAAAUGAAUGUUCAAUUAACCGAUUCAUUGAUUGUGACAGAGAAACAUGUAUUUUGGAUAAUAUUUUUCUGAAUAAAAUAUUAAAGAAACUCAA